UCACGCGCGCGUGCCCUCCCCAACUCGCGCGACUACAGAGCCGCUUCAGCCUCUGAUUCAAAGUAGUGUAGACUUCUUGCCCGGCUCCAGCUGUCUCUGGUCUAUCCAGGAAUGAGAAGCGAUGGCCGGCUCUGCCAACGAGGAGAAAACCUACAAGAGGUUCUUGGAGCUCUUCCUGCGGGAGAUGAGGCCACCUCUCCAAGAGGACGUACCUCUACCUAUGCGCCCCUUGUCGGACCUCAUCUCGGAGGACGAAGUGGAAGGGGAAUGCCUCGACCUGUGUCUCCAGCACCUGUGUAAAUAUAACUGCCCUUUCUCCUUGGCGGCAGCUCUGGCCCGUGGUACAGCAGACAGUAUUCUGCAAAGCGAUCUCUCUGGGUACCAUCUCAACAAGAGUGUGGAGGACGGAACAGACACGCUGCCUCAGAUUGAUUCGGUAAAGCUGGCACGGCUGAUCUUUAAUAAGCUGUGUGAGACGUGCUGUCAUUGGCUAAAAGAGUUCCCGUAUCGCCGCCGCCACUUGCCGUACUACGAGACCUCUAUCCAUGCUAUUAAAAACAUGCGUCGAAAGAUGGAAGACAAACAUGUCGUCAUUCCUGACUUCAACACACUCUUCAAUCUACAGGAUCAGGAAGAGCAGGCAUUUUUCGCCGUGUUUGAUGGUCACGGCGGGGUGGAUGCUGCCAUCUACGCCGCCAAUCACCUACACGUUAACCUGGUCAGACAGGAAAUGUUCAGUCAGGAUCCGGUAGAGGCCCUGUGUCACUCCUUCAAACUGACAGAUAAGCGAUUCAUACAGAAGGCAUCACGUGAGAACCUUCGCUGUGGCACCACAGGGGUCGUGACCUUUCUGAGGGGUCGCACACUGUACGUGGCCUGGCUAGGCGACUCACAGGUCAUGAUGGUGAGGAGAGGUCAACCGGUGGAGCUAAUGAAACCACACAAACCAGACAGAGAGGAUGAGAAAAAGAGGAUUGAGGCUCUGGGUGGGUGUGUGAUCUGGUUCGGCACAUGGAGGGUGAACGGCAGCCUGUCCGUGUCAAGAGCCAUAGGUGAUUCAGAACACAAGCCGUAUAUAUGUGGUGAUGCAGACUGCACCGCCUUCAACCUGGACGGCAGCGAGGACUACUUGAUCCUGGCCUGCGACGGCUUCUAUGACACCGUGAACCCAGAUGAAGCCGUGCGAGUGGUCAGUGACCACUUGCAGGAGAACAACGGGGACACCUCCAUGGUGGCCCACAAGCUAGUGGCCUCAGCCCGAGAUGCGGGAUCCAGCGACAACAUCACGGUCAUUGUGGUGUUCCUCAGGGACCCCCGUUUGCCCCCACCCUCAGAUGAACCGGAGGAACAGCAGGAAGAGGAGCCGGUGGAGGACGCGGGAGAGGAGGAGGAUGAGGAAGUGGAGGCCUUGCAGAGUGAGCUGGUGUGUCAAGACGGAGGGGCAGAGAACGGAGGAAAGAACCGGGGCGGCUGGCCACUCCAACAAUGCUCGGCGCCUGCUGACCUGGCCUACGAAGACCGCAUGGAUUCGUUUACGGACAGAACAAGUCUGAGCAUCACAGGGCCGGACAUGCGAGCAGAGACUGGCUGCUUCAGGCUCCCAGCUUCAUCCGGCCUGCCCCCAAUGAGAACCGUCACGCCAGACCUCAUACCCCCCUACGGCGGGGCCGGCGCGGCCUGGCGUCCCUACCAAGAGGAUGGCCCCACUGGGUACAGGCAAAAGCCCCAGCCUAAACCCACAGUGCCCUCCUACACGCAGACCACCUCAGAUGGACAAUUGCUGGAGGUGGCUGCGCUCUUCCCUCAGGAGGGCCGGAGGAAGAGGCGGCUGGAGGUCAUGCCGCUGAGGAGGGAAUCGCAGAGCCUGAUUCGGAGGGCCAGAGAAAGCCACGGUCCUCUGAGCUGCUUCCCUAGCGUGCCCUAUCCUCUCCGCUCCCCAGAGAGGAAGCCUGGGAUAGCCUUUCCCCAUGUAACCCACAGCAAAAGGGUCUAAUCGACAACUUCCUUGCCCCAUCAUUCCGCCCUCUGUCCCUGAAGCUGAAACAUACUCAUGCAGUGGGUGCACGCACACAUACAUUCACGCACUGUUCCAAAACCUUGUGAGCGCUCUUCAUAGACAGCAUUUUAAGGUGCCAUUCAGAUGGAAAAGAUACCUCAUUUUGGACAAAUUCGAAGCGAUAGUGAAAAAACUUGGCGGACAAACGAGAGAAAUAAAAGUACUGAUAAAAACAUAAUUAAAACCUGACUAUUUUAU